AUUUGUAAAUGUUUGCACCUUUGCGAAGGAAGUGAAUAGUUUUCUAAAUCCAUAUUUCUUUAACCAUCCAUUUUAUUCUCUCUCUUAUCUUCAAUCUCAACAGACUUUCUUCUACAAGAAAGCCAGUAGCAGAAUCCUAAAAUUUUCACUACUCAAGCUCCUCUUGCCUCCUUCUAAAUUUUCUCAAAUCAAGAUGGGACCAAUUGCUUUGUGCAUUGGAGCUCUGCUUAUUAUAAGCCUUACACAUUGGGUUUACCGUUGGAGGAAUCCAAGAUGCAAUGGAAAACUCCCUCCAGGUUCAAUGGGCUUGCCUCUCCUCGGCGAGACUCUUCAGUUCUUUGCACGAAACACUUCCUUCGACAUUUCUCCCUUCAUUAAAAAGAGGAUGGAAAGAUAUGGGCCAAUAUUCCGAACCAGUUUGGUGGGACAACCACUAAUUGUAUCCACAGACCCGGAUCUCAAUUACUUCAUUUUUCAACAAGAGGGGCAACUGUUCCAGAGCUGGUAUCCAGAAACCUUCACGGAGAUCUUUGGACGACAGAAUGCAAGUACCUUGCAUGGGUUUAUGUAUAAAUACGUCAAGAGCAUGGUGCUGAAUCUAUUUGGUCAUGAAAGCCUGAAAAAAAUGAUUCCUGAAAUUGAACUGGCCGUGUGUACAAACUUAAAGAGGUGGUCGAGUCAGCACACUGUUGAAUUAAAGGAUGGAACUGCGAGUAUGAUAUUUGAUCUGACUGCAAACAAACUGAUCAGUUACGAUCCAGAGAAGUACACAUCAGAAAAUCUGCUGAAUAACUUCGUUGCUUUCAUACAGGGAUUAAUCUCCUUCCCUUUAAAUAUUCCUGGAACUUCUUACCACAAAUGUCUACAGGGAAGGAAGAAGGCAAUGAGGAUGCUGAAGGACAUGCUUGAGGAGAGACGAGCAAAUCCUAGGAAGCACCAAGUUGAUUUCUUUGACUAUGUCCUUGAAGAGCUUGUGAAAGAGAAUACAAUCCUUACAGAAGCAAUAGCUCUGGAUUUAAUGUUUGUGCUACUGUUUGCCAGCUUUGAGACAACUUCCCUUGCUCUAACUUUAGCCACCAAAUUUCUUUCGGACCAUCCUUUGGUGUUGAAGGAAUUAACAGAGGAACAUGAGGCAAUUCUAAGAAGACGAGAAAAUGUAGGCUCUGGACUUACAUGGGAAGAAUACAAAUCAAUGACGUUUACAUUUCAGUUUAUUAAUGAAACAAUUAGGCUGGCCAAUAUAGCUCCAGGGAUUUUCAGAAAAGCACUAAGAGAAAUCAAGUUUAAGGGCUAUACCAUUCCAGCUGAUUGGGCGAUUAUGGUUUGUCCUCCGGCUGUACACUUAAACCCUGACAAAUAUAAGGAUCCCCUUAACUUCAAUCCAUGGAGAUGGAAGGGAAUGGAACUGAAUGUUGCAUCUAAACAAUUCAUGGCCUUUGGAGGGGGCAUGAGAUUUUGUGUGGGAGCAGAUUUCUCUAAGGUGCAAAUGGCUGUAUUUCUCCACCACUUGGUUACAAAAUACAGGUGGCAAGCAAUCAGAGGAGGAGACAUUGUCCGGACUCCGGGUUUACAAUUUCCAAAUGGCUUUCAUAUUCAGAUCUCUGAGAAGAAUAAGCAACAGGAAACAAAAUCCAACUCUAUUUUACCAAACCCGGAUUAUGCACAGGCAACUCACUUGUAUGGCUGA